UAUGAGCACAUGCAGUUUAAUGUUACUCAAGAUGGAAGAUCUGUCGAAAAGUAUGAACAACAUGAAAUUAAAAAAACCCAGGUAAAAUAGACAUAACCGCAUUGAUCAUGAUCUGACAGUUUCAUCAGAAAUAAAAACAGAUUUGUUGGUAUUAAUCAUUGCAGAAGUCUUUACUGGAACUUUCUAAGUCUCAAGUAACUUGAAAUGCUUUGACAUAAGUUUAGUCCCAGUCAAUACUACUAUUUUUGUAAAGGUGCAAUUUUUUCAUCUAAAUUGUUAUUAUGACAUUCACUCUCUCUCCCAUUUCAGAGAAAAAAUGGUGGCUUCCUUGGCGUAUCAAUGGAAACCCUUGAAGCUACAGAAGGUCUAAAGUCUACAAUGAUAGGGUGGCCCCUCCCUGGACCCCCAGGCAGUCAUGGACUGUUGCAUAGGCCCCUCCUGAUCCCUUUGACGAUGCAAAACCCCAUCUAGACUGAAAAAUUUCAUUCACUCUCUCUUCCAUUUCAGAAAAAAUGGGCGGCUUCCUCGGCGCGUCAAGGCGACAGUCAGUGUGCACCUCAGAGGUUCUUCCAGCUUGCCAGAAAAAAUGGGCGGCUUCCUCGGCGCGUCAAGGCGACAGUCAGUGUGCACCUCAGAGGUUCUUCCAGCUUGCCAGAAAAAAUGGGCGGCUUCCUCGACGCGUCAAGGCGACAGUCAGUGUGCACCUCAGAGGUUCUUCCAGCUUGCCAGAAAAAAUGGGCGGCUUCCUCGGCGCGUCAAGGCGACAGUCAGUGUGCACCUCAGAGGUUCUUCCAGCUUGCCAGGUGAGCUUCAAACAGCCCAAGGCACCCUAGGAAACUGGUCAAAA